UUGAGGUUCGUCAGAUCAAACAUAAUUCCGAUAACAAGAGAUUCAACAGGAGAAUGAAAGUUCUGUUGUUGAUUGCAAUUUGUUUGCUUUGGGAAGCUGUUUUCUCAGAAGAUGAUCCACUUGCAAAAUGUCUACAAGACAAAGAUUAUGAUGAAUUGCUGAGCAUAGUUCAUCAUGGUCUCACCAAAACGAAAAAUCCAAAGCAUAUUGUAAUUGUAGGGGCUGGAAUUUCUGGAUUAACAGCAGCAAAGGUGCUAGAAGAUGCAGGGCACAAGAUCACAAUUGUAGAGGCGAGUGAACGUAUCGGAGGGAGAAUCCUUACAUUUAGGAAUAAGAAUGGAUGGUACGCAGAACUGGGUGCUAUGAGAAUCCCUAACUUUCACAAGAUUGUUUUGGCGUAUAUCGCUAAAUUUGACCUAAUCCUGUCUGAGUUUGUUGAGUACAACCUGAACACCUGGUAUGCAGUAAAUAAUAAACUAUUAAGAACCUAUGCUGGUGAUGAAAACCCGGACUUAAUGGGUUAUGAAGUGAUGGAACAUGAGAAGAAAAAAUCUGCUGAACAACUUUUCCAGGAAUCUUUGUCCAAGAUUGUAGAAGAUUUAAAAGCCUUUAAUUACAGCUGUGAGAGAAUGUUUGAGAAGUAUGAUUCAUAUACUGUGAAGGAAUACUUCCUGAGGGAAGCCAACCUGAGUAGAGAAGCUGUGAGGAUGAUGGGAGAUCUGUUAAACAUUGAAUGCUUCAUGUACCUUUCCCUCACUGAAAUGCUUUACUUUCAAAGCGAUAUAAGUGACAAUGUAAAGUAUCAUGAAAUUGUUGGUGGACUUGAUAACCUUCCACGCGCAUUUUAUCAACGGCUCCAUAGCACCAUAUAUUUGAAUUCACCAGUCUUUGAAAUCUCUCAAACAAAAGAUGAUGUAUCAGUUCUAUUUAAUAAACAACAAAAGUUGCUUAAUAUUAGGGCCGACUUUGUUCUCCUAACAACAACUGCCAAAGCCGCCCAAGUUAUCCAUUUUCAUCCACCACUUUCAGCAACAAAAUAUGAGGCUCUCAGGGCCAUUCAUUAUUCUGGUUCCACCAAGGUAUACUUAAGCUUCCGUGAGCGCUUUUGGGAAGAACAGGGAAUUUAUGGAGGAAAGUCAGUAACAGACCACCCAUCAAGAUUUAUCUAUUAUCCAAGCCACAAUUUCUUCAAUACAACAGGCAGCAUUAUCUUGGCGUCAUAUACUUGGUCAGACGACUCUUCAGUGUUUUUGGGACUGAGUGAUGAAGAUUGCAUGAAAAUGGUAUUAAAUGACCUAGCCAUGAUCCAUGGUCAGCACAUCUUAAAAUUGUGGGAUGGAUCUGGGGUAGUAAAGAAGUGGGGUAAGGAUCCAUAUAGUCUGGGGGCUUUUGCAGCUUUUACCCCAUAUCAAAUGACUGACUACUUAGAAGAUUUAUCUAAAAAUGAGGGAAGGAUCUAUUUUGCAGGAGAACAUACAGCUUAUCCUCAUGCCUGGAUAGAGGGAGCAAUGAAAUCUGCUUUAAGAAAUGCUAUUAAUAUACAUAAAGCUUGAGAAAAAAUAAUCACAAUAUUGGGCUA